AUGGCGGACGAAAAUUCAUGGAGAACGGCCACUUUUCGACAAAGUGUAGUCGCAAAAAUUGAAGAGGCAAUUCGUCAGUCUGGUAUGAACACUUCAAGAAACAGUAUAGAAAUGGAAAAUCAUGUCUUCUUAAAAGCUAAGAAUAAAGAGGAAUACCUUGGAUUUGUCGCCAGGUUAAUCUUACAUGUUAGAGAAAUGAAACCGAAACCAGGGGGAGGGAUGCCUGUUCCUGGUCAAGGACAGGGAGGGCCUGGCAUGCCUGAUCCUAUCAAUGCUCUCCAAAACUUGGCCAGUCAAGGCACCAGAAACUCCAUUAUGACAAUGGGUCCACAAUCUGCACAAAUGGGAGGGCCACAACAAGCGCCUGCUACUAAUUUGUUACAGACCUUAAACAGGGGACCAGGACAACAAAUGAUGAUGGGUGUGAUGACUGGAAAUAUGCCCAUGCAGGACAGACAAAACAUCAAUAUGCCGCCAAACGGAGGGCAAAUGGCCAACAACCAGAUGAACAACCAAAUGGCGAAUCAAAUAAGGCUCCAACAAAUGCAAAACAACCCGUUGAACCAGAUGGGCAGCCAUUUGGGCGGACCUCUACAGAAUGCGGUUCAAAAUCAAAUGGGCAACCAGAUGGCAGGGCAAAUGCCCGGACAGUUACCGGGACAGAUGCAGAUGGCCAGCAGCAUGGCGAAUCAGAUACAAAAUCAAAUGAUAGGUGGAAUGGCCCAGCUACCCCAACAAAAAUCCCAACAGAUGAUAAUAAACCAAAUUAACCCAAACUUCCCUAGACAGCCCACUCCCAAUCAGAUCUUCAACCAGAGUCCCUCUCCUUCCGUCCAAUCUCCAGCAGGUUUAGGCAGCCAACCACCGGUAGCCUCGCCCGCUUUAGCCUCAUCACCCGGCGCUCAGAUGAACAUGAUAGGAAGCGUUGGACCUCCUAGAUCCGUCGGAAUGGCUCCUAGUCCUGGAAGCACCUUAAAUACUCCGGGACAACCGAAUCAGAGUCCGAUGGCCGGAGGAGCCAUGCCCGAUGAACAGGCGUAUAGAGAAAAAGUCAGACAGUUGAGUAAAUACAUCGAACCCCUAAGAAAAAUGAUAGCCAAGUUGGGAAAUGAAGAUGUCGAAAAAAUGAGUAAAAUGAAGAAACUACUCGAAAUCCUCACGAGUCCCCACCAAAGAACCCCUUUGGACACGUUGCUGAAGUGCGAAAUCGUCUUGGAAAAGAUCGGUUGUAGAAGGAGCGACAGCAGCGUACCGGCCUCAACAACCCAGUUGCCGUUCAAGGAGCCGCACGUGUUUCACGCUUUGCUGGAUGCUGUGAAUAGCAACCUGCAAAGUCCCGUUAUUAAUCACACCCUACACCGAACGUUUGGGCCGCCGCUGGAUGCUCUGUUUGGACCAGAAAUUAAGUUGGUACCACCAUUGAAGAAAAUGAAACUCGAGGAACCUACCAGCGACAUUCCCGACGUCCUCCAAGGAGAAAUAGCCCGCCUCGACCAGCGGUUCAAGGUAUCUUUGUGCCCCAACCAGCAACCAGGCUCCAAAUCGAUUCAGCUCAUAUGCUGGCUGGAUGAUAAGCAUCUCCCGUGCGUUCCGCCGGUGUCUCUGGUAGUACCGGAAGAUUACCCGAAGACUUCUCCUACUUGCCACAUGGCUCCGCACGAGUACAACGCCACACAGUUCUUGUCUGCCGUUCAGAUGCUCUGUUGGCGAGAAUUAAGAAACUGCCGAAACAUUUUUCGGUGACGCAGCUGCUGGAUACGUGGGAGAUGAGCGUCAGGCAAGCGUCGGCACCCACGCAGGUGCCGGUGACGCCUAUAACUAUCAUGAUGGGGUUGUA